CCUGCGCUUCCAGAAGUUGCUGCUCCCUGGCAGCUGGCAGGCCGGCUCGCACCGUCGCACGCGUCCACCAACCAGACCGGGCCAGCUCAGGCACGGAGCCGCUCGCCGCCUCCGCCACGGCGGUUACCGGCGAUGAACGGCGGGCUCCCUGGAUUCCACAAUGCGCCGGCAUCAAGGGCCGUGGUCGUCGCCGCCGCGCUCUUCUCCGUCCCCUUCGGCUUCCGCGGCCGCUUCCUGGACCUCGGCCUGUCCUACCAGAAUGUUUAUGAAAGGUUGAGUAUAUGGAGGCUGAUCACCUCGUUGUUUGCUUUCUCGUCGACCCCUGAGCUGAUAUUUGGAGCCGCGCUGCUGUACUACUUUAGGGUGUUCGAAAGGCAAAUAGGUUCUAACAAGUAUGCUGUCUUCAUCGUAUUCUCAACCAUGGUGUCUGUGCUGCUUCAAAUCCUUGCUUUAGGUUACCUGAAAGAUCCUUCUAUAAAUCCUCUGACGUCAGGACCAUAUGGCCUCAUUUUUGCAUCUUAUGUGCCAUUCUUCUUUGACAUUCCGGUCUCAAUGAGGUUUCGCAUAUUUGGACUAAGCUUAAGUGAUAAGUCAUUUGUAUAUUUGGCUGGACUCCAGCUUCUUUGCUCAUCUGGAAGAUGUUCUGUUGUACCUGGAGUUUCUGGCAUACUAGCUGGCCUUUUGUAUCGCCUGAAUACAUUUGGCAUCCGCAGGUUGAAGUUCCCAGAGUUUGUAACAUCACUCUUCUCGCGGGUAUCGUGGCCCUAUUCUAGCAAUCCUUAUCAAGGGUUGCCCACUACAGAAAAUGAUGCAAACAUUUCUUCUCACCAGGUACAUCAAACUCAGGAUGCGAGCACCUUACCCAAAGAUGUUAAUCUCCAAUUGAUCCCAUUUUAUAGGAUGCGCACGCAGCUACCCAAGACCCCACAGAGUCCUCUAUUGCCGCGCUCGCAGCUACCCAAGACCCCACAGAGUCCUCUAUUGCCGCGCUCGUGUCCAUGGGUUUCGAUCGUAGCUCUGCAGUUCAGGCGCUUGUAAUGACAAACUAUGAUGUCAAUUUGGCCUCGAACAUUCUGCUUGAAGCACAAGCUCUGCAGCAAUGAUACCCUGUAGUCAAAAGAUAGACGCUCUGUACAUUAAUGGAUGUGAAGUGUUUCAUUCAUUCUUCUGUACCAGAUUUUAUAUCUGGAUUUUUUGUACACAAACAAACCAUUGUACAACACAGAAUUAGAAGAACGAAGCACAAUGAAUACAUAAGCUCUCUAUUUGCUUGCUCAGAUACUCUAUUUGUGAA